AUGACGGGGCUUACGUUCGCGUUGGUGUUAUUUCUGUCGGUGGCUGGGAGCCUGCAGACGAGCGGCGUGACGAGGGGCGGCAGCGGCAUUCAAAUCGGUACCAGCGAGCGUGGCACGCACUCGAAAGGCACUGGAUUAUUGGGGGGGCGAGGUGAAUCGGGGGUGAAACUUGGCGUGGCGAGAUUUCCGAAUUCUACGAGGCAGAGACCGUUUAUCACGACCACCACCACCACGCCGCAACCGCAGAUCAAGUUCACCCACGCGCCGCACUCCGCUGACAAGAAGUACAAUAUUACCACACUGAGGGUGGGCAUGCUGGUGCCGCACAAGUCCUUCGGCGUGAGGGAAUACACGAAGGCAGUGACUUCGGCUGUGCAUUUGCUGCAGAAGAGCACGAGGGGCCCGAAAAUGAGACUUUUCGAAAGAUACGACAUCCACGUGAAGGUGGCCAUGAAGUCGCUAACUCCGAGUCCAACCGAGAUUUUGAAAUCGCUAUGCAAGGAAUUCCUGCCGAUGAACGUGUCCGCCAUCUUGUACCUGAUGAACUACGAAAAGUAUGGUCGUAGUACUGCCAGUGCUCAAUACUUUCUACAGCUUGCUGGUUACCUAGGAAUUCCGGUGAUCGCCUGGAACGCAGAUAACUCGGGAUUAGAACGGAGGGCUUCGCAGAGCAACCUGCAGCUGCAACUGGCGCCGUCGUUGGAACAUCAGACGGCUGCGAUGCUGAGCAUCCUCGAAAGGUACAAAUGGCAUCAAUUCAGCGUGGUCACCUCGCAGAUUGCCGGACACGACGAUUUCGUGCAGGCGGUCCGAGAGAGAAUUUCCGACAUGCAGGAUACCUUCAAGUUCACCAUAUUGAGCGCGAUCCUGGUCACUCACCCGCGGGAUCUCCUCGAGCUUGUCAACAGCGAGUCCAGGGUUAUGCUGCUCUACUCGACCAGGGAGGAGGCCAUCACCAUCUUGACUGCAGCUCACGAUUACAAGAUCACCGGGGAGAAUUACGUGUGGGUGGUGACGCAGAGCGUCAUGGAGAAUCUGCAGACGCCCAGUCAGUUUCCGGUUGGAAUGCUCGGAGUGCAUUUCGACACGAGCACGGAGAGUUUGGUCAGUGAGAUCACGACCGCAGUGAAGGUUUACGCGUACGGCGUCGAGGAUUUCUUGAACAAGACGAACAACGAGCGACUUAGCUUGAACACUCAGCUGAGCUGCGAGGGAAGCUACGGGGAGUCCCGCUGGAACACCGGAGACCUGUUUUUCAAGUACUUGAAGAACGUAUCGGUGGAAGGCGAUCAUGGGAAGCCUAAGGUGGAGUUCACCCAGGACGGCGUUCUGAAGGCGGCUGAACUGAAAAUCAUGAAUCUACGACCCGGAGUGAGCAAACAACUCGUUUGGGAGGAGAUCGGCGUCUGGAAAUCGUGGGAGAAGGAGGGUUUGGACAUCAAGGACAUCGUCUGGCCAGGAAAUACCCAUACGCCUCCUCAAGGGGUGCCGGAGAAAUUUUAUUUGAAAAUAACCUUCCUGGAGGAGCCACCCUACAUCAAUCUCGCGCCCCCGGAUCCUGUGAGCGGAAAAUGCCUGGUGGAUCGUGGCGUUCACUGCCGUGUGGCCAAGGAUUCCGACAUGGUCGAGAUGGACAUUCAAUCGGCACAGAAGAACGAGAGCUUUUAUCAGUGCUGCAGCGGAUUCUGCAUCGACCUUCUGCAGAAAUUCUCCGAAGAGAUCGGCUUCACUUACGAGCUUGUCAGAGUGGAAGAUGGCAAAUGGGGCACGUUGGAGAAUGGAAAGUGGAACGGCUUGAUAGCCGAUCUUGUGAACCGAAAGACGGACAUGGUCAUGACGUCGUUAAUGAUUAAUUCCGAAAGAGAAGCCGUGGUCGAUUUCACGGUGCCGUACAUGGAAACUGGUAUCGCCAUUAUAGUGGCGAAGAGGACUGGUAUUAUAUCUCCCACUGCCUUCCUUGAACCGUUCGACACCGCGUCCUGGAUGCUAGUCGGCAUCGUGGCCAUACACGUGGCGACAAUUAUGAUACUGCUGUUCGAAUGGUUGUCACCAUCCGGUUUCAACAUGAAGGUAAACCCUUCAGGCGCUGCGCGGAUACCGAAAAAUCCGUCGCCGAACCAUCGUUUCUCCUUCUGUCGUACGUACUGGCUGGUCUGGGCCGUAUUAUUUCAGGCAGCUGUCCAUAUCGAUUCUCCCAGGGGAUUCACAGCAAGAUUUAUGACGAACGUAUGGGCGUUGUUCGCCGUGGUGUUCCUUGCCAUAUACACUGCCAACCUGGCCGCCUUCAUGAUCACGAGGGAGGAGUUUCACGAGUUCACCGGCGUGGAUGAUCCUCGAUUGGCGAAACCUUGGUCCCACAAGCCCAUGUACAAAUUCGGCACUAUGCCUUGGAGCCACACGGACAGCACUCUGGCGAAAUACUUCAAAGAGAUGCACUCUUACAUGAGGAAGUUCAACAAAAGCAAUGUGGCCGAGGGCGUUGAGGCGGUUAUCAGCGGAGAGCUGGACGCGUUUUUCUACGACGGAACGGUUCUGGAUUAUUUGGUAUCGCAGGAUGAAGACUGCCGAUUGCUGACCGUAGGAUCCUGGUAUGCCAUGACAGGUUAUGGUCUUGCCUUUUCGAGGAAUUCCAAGUACCUGCAGAUGUUUAACAAACGCCUUCUCGACUACAGAGAUAACGGGGACUUGGAGCGUCUCAGAAGGUAUUGGAUGACGGGCACGUGUAAGCCUGGCAAAGAGGUACAAAAGAGCAGCGAUCCCUUGGCUCUGGAGCAGUUCUUGUCCGCGUUUCUCUUAUUGAUGAUGGGAAUUCUACUUGCGGCGGCGUUUCUGCUACUGGAACAUUUGUAUUUCAAGUACGUCAGGCAGCAUCUGGCGCGAAGCGACGGCGGCGGGUGUUGCGCACUUUUCAGCUUGAGCAUGGGAAAAUCGCUGACCUUCCGUGGCGCGGUCUACGAGGCGCAGGAUAUCCUGCGAUACCACAGAUGCAGGGACCCGAUCUGCGACACGCACCUGUGGAAAGUGAAGCACGAGCUGGACAUGGCCAGGAUUAGGAUACGACAGCUGGAGAAGGACCUCGAGGCUCACGGGAUAAAACCUACUCAGGCCAAGAGGAAAACCGGAAGUCUCGGCUGGUGGCGAGGAUGCUUUCAAAGCUCGGACCGCCAUUCACAAGCGGAGUCAUUGGCGUUUUUUUUACCGCCAUACUUCGAUUCGUUCAUAGACGCCAUCGACGUCGCCAGGCCAAGAGACAUGACCAGGAAUCACGUGGUCAGUACGGAGUAUUCGAACAAAUUUUUGCCCCCAGAGAUCUACAGGAUCCCGGAUGACGCUGCCACCAGGACGGAAAUAGCCGAAAUGGAGACAGUUCUGUGA